CGUCGAAUGACACGUAAAAAUUAGCGCUGCUAUAUUCGAUAGAUUGUAUGAAGAGGAAGACAAAUAUUUCAGAGUGCUGUGCAACUCGGGAUAAAACAUGCAUCGAGCUAUGAUCAAUUGUAAUCAGGUGCAGACCGAGGUGAUAUCAGAAGGCCGUUGGAUAGAGGAAGAUCCGCUACCACAUUCCAACAAGAACAUAGUCCUCGUCAUUCCCGGGAAUCCAGGUAUUCCACGAUUUUACGAGACCUUUAUGAAAGUACUCAAGUCGAAAUUAACGUCGGACACACCUGUGUGGAUCGUCGGACACGCUGGCCAUGUUCAACCACCAGAGAACCUGGCUAUCGCUAUGCCCAGCGAUCAGAAGUGGACAGAGUGCUAUGGUCUGACGGCGCAAAUUCAACAUAAGGCUGAAUUUAUAAAAAAAUACAUUCCAGAGGAUGCGCAUUUACAUAUUGUUGGACAUUCUAUAGGUGCCUGGUUUGUGCUCAAUUUGCUGAAGGAUAAUGACAUUGAUAAAAGGAUACAGAAAUGCUAUCUGUUGUUUCCUACCAUAGAGUACAUGGCGAAAACUCCUAAUGGAACAUUUUUUAAUAUUUUUAUAUCACGUACGGCACCAGUUUUGAUUUUCCUGUCUUGGAUCUUUACAUCGAUGUUUCCAGUAGCUCUACAAUCAUUUAUGAUACGUGCUUUCGGUAUGUUUUUUGGCAUCCCAGCUAGAUCCGUGAGGGCGGUUCGAGAAAUGCUGGAUCCAAGAACCUUGAGUAAAAUAAUUAAUCUUGCCAAUGAAGAGAUGAAACAUGUCAAAGAAGCUGAUCAUGAGACUAUAUCAAAACAUGCUAAUAAACUAUGGUUGUAUUACGGUGCCAGUGAUGGCUGGGCUCCGGUAAAAUAUUAUAAAGAUAUAGUAUCAAAACAUCCUGGUCUGAAUGCUCAAUUAUGUCAGCGUGGUUUUCAACACUCGUUUGUGUUGAAGGAUGAUGUGGACAUGGGACACAUCAUCGGCGAUCUCAUUAACGAAGAUUCAGAACAGUAACGAUCCAGUUAAUGCAUUUGUAUUAUUUUUGCAGUUAUAUUGAAUCGAAUAUUCGUUUU